UACCAUUUCGGGUCUCUGAUACCAUUUAUUUUCUGAUGUUGGAUACAGCGAACGUGCCAAUGAAUUUCCCGUUGAUAAGAUUUUGGCCGGUAGGAAACCAAAUAAAAGAAGGAUUUGCAUCAUUGCAUGCAAAGAGUAGACUUGAGUCUGGGCCAGCUGGGGACUUCAAGCCCAGCCCAUAAUGAAAGUUGGGCCUGUGGAGGGUUUUGUCAUGCAUGCGUUAGGCCCAUUUUUAUUUUUUGCCUCGAGCCUCAAAAUAUCAAGUCCGGACCUUGUAAUACAAAGACGUAAUUAAUCUCAACAAUUAAGCAAUGGGUGUAUCUGGUGAGCAAGAAAGAAAUAGAAGAUGUGGAAUUACCGAGUUGCCGAAUUGCAUUAUGAAAUCCACAGUCUCAUUGCUACCUCUAAAAGACGCAGUGAAUACAAUCCUGGCUUCCCCUCCUCAGUGGAAGCACCUUUCUCAUCCAAUACUAACCAGGCGCAAUCUAGAGUUGAACUAUCUAAACUUUUACGGGAGUAAAUACCCGGCGUAUGAGGAGAAACAUGACUUUGCAAGACGUGUGAGUAAAUAUUUGCAGCAAUAUCAAGGUAACAAGGUCGACUCUUUGAAAUUGCAAUGCCAUCUUGCUGCAGAAUCUUGUGUCAGCCUUGAUGAAUGGAUUCGUUGGGCAAUAACAAAAGGAGUUGAAAAGCUUCAUCUGCGACUUGGUACAAAUAAUUAUUAUGUUUUCCCUCACCGUUUACUUGUUGGCCCAACUUUAAAUCUAAAACAUUUGUCAUUGGAGAGAUGUUUUCUAGGACCUCCUACUACUGAUUUUGAAGGAUUCAAUCCGCUAACUACUCUUCAUCCACACCAAGUUUUUGUCGAUCCAUAUCUGAUGGCAAAUCUCUUCUCUGUUUGUUUGGUACUAGGAAGCUUGACCUUAUAUUAGUGCUGCUGCACCAACAACGGUAGUUCACACCUAAAUAUUGUUGCUGGUGAUCGUCUAACUGAUCUCAAAGUGUUACACUGUGAUGAGGGAACCAAAAUGGAGAUUUCGGCACUAAAUCUUGCCUCCUUGGUAUACAUUAAUCUACAUUACAACUGCCACAACUGUACGUUUUUUCCCCUACAAACUCCAAGGUUAUCCAGAAUUUUUUUCUCACGCCCGAUGGGAAGUGGAAUAUUAUUACCUCAAGCACUAAUCCAAUUUUCAUUGUGUCCCCGGCUUGAGACUCUUCAUCUGCGGAUGCCAGCGAAACUACCCCGAAUUAGCAGCACAGCAACUUAUGGAAAUCUCAAGCAACUCAACUUGGAUAUUAUUCUAUUCCGAAUCCUUGUGCAAGAGGAGGACGAUGUUGAUGUUAAUUGCGUGCUGGAUCUUCUCAAGGCUGCACCCCUUUUGGAAGAGCUUAUAAUACUGGUAGUUGGAGGACAUUUGUCUGAGACUAAUCCACAAGAGAUGAGGAAUCAUUCUGGAUUCACAAAUGAUCAUUUGAAAAUGGUUAAGAUGAAGGGAUUUUUAGGUCACUGGUACGAGACACAGCUGGCCAUUGGUAUCCUAGAGAAUGCACCAAAGCUCAAGGUGCUAGUAAUUGAUCCAUUUGAAAAACACUAUUCGGAUGAUGGAAAGUACCCCGAGAAUUAUUCAGAACAACAUAUGGCAGUUGUUGAAGAAAAACUCAAGGGAGUAAAGACCGAUGCUCAAAUCCUAUUUCUAUAAUUUGCCUGGUUCAAGAAUGCCAAUAUCUCAUGUAUAUGCGUGUUUCAUGUAGACUUGGUUUGAUAAUUCCAUUGUUGGAAA